AUGGCCCUGGGUAAGAUGAAAGAUCUGAGCCUAGAGAGCUCCAUGACACGCUCUGAAACAGAUGAAGUGGGUGGAGUUCUCCUUCCAAAAAGAGUGUGUGACAGGUGGGAUCAAAUUUGGAACUUCAGAGCCAGACCUGAUGAUCUGCUCAUCACAACCUAUGCAAAAGCAGGUACAACAUGGAUACAGGAGAUUGUGGAUAUGAUCCAACAUGAUGGAGACAUUGAGAAGUGCAAACGUGCCACCACUUAUCUGCGACACCCUUUCAUUGAGUGGGUUCUGCCUGGACCUUUCAGCUCUGAUACAAAUGGCCUGGAACUAGCUGAAGCGAUGCCCUCCCCACGAACACUGAAAACUCAUCUCCCUGUACAACUGGUGCCUCCAUCCUUUUGGGAGCAAGAGUGUAAGAUAAUCUAUGUGGCAAGAAAUGCCAAAGACAACCUGGUGUCCUACUACCAUUUUCACAGAAUGAAUAAAAAUAUGCCUGCGCCAGGAACCUGGGAGGAGUUUUUGGAGAAAUUCAUGGCUGGACAAGUGCUUUGGGGUUGCUGGUAUGAUCAUGUAAAAGGAUGGUGGGAUGCAAAAGAAAACCACUGUAUUCUCUACCUCUUCUAUGAAGACCUAAAGGAGGAUCCAAAGCGUGAAAUCCAAAAGGUGUUACAGUUCCUGGAGAAGGACUUGGAGAAUGAGGUUCUAGAUAAAAUCAUCCACCACACAACAUUUGAGAUAAUGAAGGACAACCCCAUGGCAAACUACACUUUUCAGCCUCCUGCAGUAAUGGACCACUCAAUCUCACCAUUCAUGAGAAAAGGGACUAUUGGAGACUGGAAGAACCAUUUCACAAUGGCACAGAAUGAGAAAUUUGAUGAAGAUUAUAGGAAGAAGAUGUCUAGAACCUCUCUGACCUUCCGCAUGGAGCUCUGAGAAGGGGCCAUACGGAUUAUUCUCUAUAAUCUACUAGCACUUUCCCUAUAAAAGCCUCACAAAAUACCAGUGAAAUCUAAAAUUACAAUGCCCCAAGUUUCCCACACCACUGAUUUCACAGGGCUGAGCAUCCUCUUUCUCUGUGUAAACCUAAUUUUGAGACAAACAUCUUAGUUAAACUAGAGUCAAGCAGCAAUGUACUGUAGAGAAUUUGCAGGAGUCCCUCAAAAUCCCACCCCCAAAUUGAAGAGGUGGCUGGGGUAAUUUCCCUGAUGAAAUUUAUCCCCUCAUCCCUAACUUAUUCUUGGUGUUCAUAAAAUUCUUCUGAAGAGCAGGGCUGUGGGGUCUUGUUCAUUUGCUUUUUUUGCAUUUGUAAAAUUUUAGAGGAUAAUAUCCACUAUUUUUAAAACCAUUCCCGGCAGCAAGUAAAAACCCUGAGAUAGAAGGCACUAUUGAAGUGCAACAUGCUGUUAUUGUUUGUAUGUUUUCAAUGUGCUGGGCAAACUGUAAUCCAGCCUCCCAUUCCACUAGUGCAGUAAGUAAGUACUAUUAGCUACACUGUGCAGAUGGUGAAAUGGUGUCAUGCAAGAAUUUGAAGUUACUUAUUUCCCCCUCUCCUCCCACACAUACUGCAUGCUAUAUAAGAUCUAGCCCUAAAUGACUUGCAUUGGCAGCAGUUUGGUCUAACAAAUUAGUUUAUGGGACUAUGAAUCAGAAAACUAUACUCGUUCCACCUCUAGGACUGACCUGCUCUCCAGGCCUCAAACCAGUUGGCCACUAAAGCUAGGCACCUAAAUCCAUACUUUGAAGUCAGCCAGAUACUGGGAUGUCUCAGCACUUUUGAAAAUCAGACUGCUUAGCUAGGUGCCAACUAUAGAGUUAGAGCUGGAUCUUCAAAGGUAUUUAGGCUCAUAACUUUUUAACAGAAGCUAAGGGGCCUGAAUACCUUUUGAGGAUCUGGGCCUGAUGUACUGAACUUUAGGCACCCAUGUUUGAAAAAUUUGUCAUUAAACAUAACCUUUCUGAGCCUCAAUUUUCCUAUUUACAAAAUGGGGAUAAUGAAAUAAAUGUACCCCUCAAAGUGGUUGUGAAGCAUGAUUUGUGUUGUAAAAGCACUAAGGGGCUUGAAUGAAGGUAUUAUGUAAUUGCAAGUAAUAUGAAGACCAUAUUGUAGGGAACAGAUGGGAGUAGAACUCAAGAGCAACUUUGUUCCCAAUUCUCACCUCACUUCACAAGACUACACUGCCUCUGGUACAUCUAUGGGGUAGGGGGUGCAAAACAUACAUUUGUGGGUGCAAAAUGAAUUGCGUGAGUGAACAAGAGAGAGCACAUGGACACAAGGUGUACAGGUUUCACAAAGUCAUUCACAUCCUUUUCAAAGACCUGUCAUUUGCGAGGAACCUCCUAAAUUCUACCAGGCCAUGAGAGCACUCUGAUGUUUCUAUUUCAGAGGCAAAUAACGCCAAAACAAGCACUUCAACUUCUGCCUUAUAGAGUCCUAUGGAGUAGAUCUGAUAAAGAACAUUAGAAUUAUAUAAAUAUGAAGUUUCUAGGCCAAGCCAUUUUUGAGAGAUGACAAAAAGAAUCUUCAGAACUUAAUGUAUGUCUACUCUGCAGCUGGGAGCGAGGCCUGCAGCCCACCUAGACAGACUCACUGUAGCACACUAAAAGUAGCUGUGUGGACAUUGCAGCACCAGAAAAGGCUCAGACUAGCCAGGUGAUAAAGU